CGACGGGCGGCCGGGCAGCGGAAGGUUCUCUCUCCGGGGCUGGACUUAAUAACUUUGGAAUUGUCCACCAGUGUCACGUCCUGAACAUGAGCCUCCUCCUCUCCUUCUACCUGCUCGGGUUGCUUGUCUGUAGCGGGCAAGCUCUUCUUCAAGUGACAAUUUCACUUAGCAAAGUAGAGCUAAGUGUGGGCGAAUCUAAAUUCUUCACAUGUACAGCAAUUGGUGAGCCUGAGAGUAUAGAUUGGUAUAAUCCUCAAGGAGAGAAGAUUAUUUCAACACAGAGGGUGGUAGUGCAGAAGGAGGUCGGCAGGUCACGACUAACCAUCUACAAUGCAAACAUAGAAGAUGCAGGGAUUUAUCGUUGUCAAGCAACAGAUGCCAAAGGACAAACACAAGAAGCUACAGUAGUUUUGGAGAUUUACCAAAAACUCACUUUCAGAGAAGUUGUAUCUCCUCAAGAAUUCAAGCAAGGAGAGGAUGUGGAAGUGGUUUGCCGAGUCAGCAGCUCACCUGCACCUGCUGUCAGCUGGUUGUAUCAUAACGAGGAAGUCACCACUAUUUCCGACAAUCGGUUCUCUAUGUUGGCCAAUAAUAAUCUACAGAUCCUCAACAUCAAUAAAAGUGAUGAAGGGAUAUACAGAUGUGAGGGAAGAGUGGAAGCUAGGGGUGAAAUUGACUUCCGUGAUAUUAUUGUUAUUGUUAAUGUGCCACCAGCAAUCGCAAUGCCUCAAAGGUCCUUCAAUGCCACAGCUGAGAGAGGAGAAGAUAUGACUCUGUCGUGCAGGGCCUCUGGUUCUCCUGAGCCCACCAUCUUCUGGUCCAGGAAUGGCAAGAUCAUUGAAGAAAAUGAAAAGUACAUAUUGAAAGGAAGCAAUACAGAACUCACCGUCAGGAACAUAAUCAAUAGCGAUGGUGGACCUUAUGUCUGUAGGGCAACAAAUAAGGCAGGAGAAGAUGAAAAGCAGGCCUUCCUCCAAGUCUUUGUACAGCCUCACAUAAUACAGCUUAAAAACGAGACUACACAUGAGAGUGGUCAUGUCACACUCAUCUGUGAAGCAGAAGGAGAACCUAUUCCAGAAAUCUCUUGGAAAAGAGCUGUGGAUGGCAUCACAUUUUCUGAAGGUGAUAAGAGCCCAGAUGGCCGUAUCGAAAUCAAAGGGCAGCAUGGAAGCUCAUCCCUGCAUAUUAAAGAUGUGAAGCUGUCAGACUCAGGGCGAUACGACUGCGAAGCUGCAAGCAGAAUUGGAGGGCACCAAAAGAGCAUGUACCUUGAUAUUGAAUAUGCCCCUAAGUUUAUAUCAAACCAAACAAUUUAUUACUCUUGGGAAGGAAAUCCAAUCAAUAUAAGUUGUGAUGUGAAAUCAAAUCCACCGGCAUCGAUCCAUUGGAGAAGAGAUAAAUUAGUCUUACCAGCUAAAAAUACCACUAAUUUAAAGACAUAUAGUGCAGGAAGGAAGAUGAUAUUAGAGAUUGCUCCUACGUCAGACAAUGACUUUGGACGAUAUAACUGCACAGCUACUAAUCGUAUAGGAACCAGAUUUCAAGAAUAUAUUCUUGCCUUAGCUGAUGUGCCAUCCAGUCCCUAUGGAGUGAAGUUAAUAGAGCUGUCACAGACCACAGCCAAGAUUUCUUUCAACAAGCCGGACUCCCACGGAGGUGUGCCUAUUCAUCACUACCAAGUGGAUGUCAAAGAAGUAGCAUCCGAAACCUGGAAAAUAGUGCGCUCUCAUGGGGUUCAAACAAUUGUUGUUUUGAGCAACCUGGAACCAAAUACAACUUAUGAAAUCAGGGUUGCAGCUGUGAAUGGGAAAGGUCAAGGGGACUACAGCAAGAUAGAAAUCUUCCAAACAUUACCAGUUCGUGAACCAAGUCCUCCAUCCAUACAUGGGCAGCCAAGCAGUGGAAAGAGUUUUAAACUCAGCAUCACCAAACAGGAUGAUGGAGGAGCUCCCAUUUUGGAAUACAUCGUGAAGUACAGAAGUAAAGAUAAAGAAGAUCAAUGGCUAGAGAAAAAAGUGCAAGGAAAUAAAGACCACAUUAUUUUGGAGCAUCUACAGUGGACAAUGGGCUAUGAAGUUCAAAUCACGGCCGCCAAUAGACUAGGAUAUUCUGAACCAACAGUAUAUGAGUUCAGCAUGCCGCCCAAACCCAACAUUAUUAAAGACACACUUUUUAAUGGUCUUGGGCUUGGAGCAGUCAUUGGCCUGGGAGUUGCAGCCCUUUUGCUAAUCCUUGUGGUAACAGAUGUCAGCUGCUUCUUUAUUCGACAAUGUGGGUUAUUGAUGUGCAUCACCAGGAGAAUGUGUGGGAAAAAGAGUGGUUCCAGUGGAAAAAGUAAAGAACUUGAAGAAGGAAAAGCUGCCUACCUGAAAGAUGGAUCAAAAGAACCAAUAGUGGAGAUGAGAACAGAGGAUGAAAGAAUUACUAAUCAUGAAGAUGGAAGCCCAGUAAAUGAGCCAAAUGAAACUACACCACUAACAGAACCUGAAAAAUUGCCUUUAAAAGAAGAAAAUGGAAAAGAAGUCCUAAAUCCAGAAACUAUAGAAAUUAAAGUUUCUAAUGACAUCAUCCAAUCAAAAGAAGAUGACGGCAAAGCAUAACAAAGUCCCAGCGGCUUGAACGACCCUACAAAGAGCAUCUGGAUUCCAGUGACCCUAUGACCAAAACUAUUCCACUGACCUUAAUUUCUUGGGAAACUUUUAGCUUGGAAUAGCUUGUACACAUAUACAUAUGAUCAAAUACUCCUGCUCAUAAUCCGUUUUCUUUUGUUGUCCUUGUUGUGGUUGUUCAUUUCUUAGGAAUUUCAGUAUAGAGACUCAACUGGCACCAGCUCUUGUGUAUUGAUUCGAUUCAAUGAUUGAAGUGCUGCAAUUUAUUAUAUGGCUAGAGAGCUCUGUUUCUUAAGAACUUUGCCUCACAUACCACCAAGAAAUAUAGUUCAAACUCUCUACCACGUGAGGGUGUAAGGAAAAACAAAAUGACACAAAGCAAAAAAGCUUUGUGAGCUGAAUGUUUUAGAGAGCCCUGCAUGUUUAUGAAUCAUAAUUUGGGCAAUAGCUUAUUAAAGUGGCUUUCAUAGUAAAA